GCAACCAAUGAGAUUUCAAGUCGUCACCGAGCACCCGGAAGUCGCGUAGACUCAUUCUACCGGUUUCUUCAAGUUGCAGCAGCAUCGCAUCUCAUGGUCGCUGUGAGUCCGGGGCGCACGAGAGAUGAUGCUGCUGGUGUUUGGAGCCCUCCUCCUGCUCUUCUGUACUCUGGAUGUAUGGUACUUCCUGCGCGGGGUCAAGGUCUUUAUCCAGGCAUGGUUCCAGCCCAGAAUAUGGGACAUUCUAGCAGAGCAAAGCAUCGAUGGCAUGGUCCUUCCGCAUGACUUGGACUACAUGGGCCACAUGAACAACUCUCGAUACCUGAGGGAGUGUGACUUUGCUCGCUUUCACCAUUACAUGCGAAACGGGCUGUUCAUGGCCUCAUGCAGGUUGGGGGCCAAAAUGGUGGUAGGGGCUUCCACCAUCCGGUACCGGCGCUCCUUGGCCUUCCGCGAGGCUUUUGAGAUUCGGACCAAAGUAUUGGGAUGGGACGAGAAGGCCUUUUACUUGGAGCAGCGCUUUGUGUCCAAGAAAGACGGCUUUGUAUCUGCGGUCAUGCUCUGCAGGCAGAAUGUGGUGCGCUGCAGCCCAGAGAGCAUUAUAGAAUUUGUAUGCAAAAGGAAGAUCGAGUGUCCCAAGUUUCCAGAGGACCUCCAACACUGGAUCAGCUUCAUUACAGCCAGCAGCCAGGCCCUGAGAGCGGAGAGUGGACUGGAGGAUAAGAACAAGUGAAGCCACACCAUGACACCAUCACACAUCAUGAGUGUAGACACACAUAUCAUUUGCAUUGCACGCACACAUAUACAGUAAACAUCCAUGCACACACACAGUUACACAUUAUAGACAGUUUUACUUGACUUAUAAGAUUCCACUGAUUUGUUCUGGGUCAAUCCUACCUGCUGUGUAUUUUUGUAGGAAGUGAACCAAACAUCAAACUGCUGAAUAUGAAAACUUGAACUGUAGGUUUUACAUGUUUUAAAAUGCACGUACGCACUGGGAUCAUAAUUGAAGUUUCUCUCUGAGAAAAGGGAAACGAUAGCUUUAUCCUUGCAGCUUAUUCAGUAGUUGACUGUGAGUAGACUGGCUUUAGAAAUCGUCAUUCUCAUUUAGCAAACUCCUCUAACGUCAGAUAAAGCAUGUAGAGGAAAAGUUAAUCUUCCACUGACAUAGAUGCAUGUUUCGAAACAACCAGAAUAUAUUUUUUGUGCCUGUUCCUCUCCAUUAGUCGUAGUCUGCAGUUAUGAUUUCAGAGAAUUAUACCUUUUUAUGAAAAACAUACAGUAUGCGUGAAGAAAUGCUUGAAUAGACAUAAUGUAACAGCAACUAGUUUUAAUCUCCCCGUCAGCACUUUGCACAAGAUAAUACAAGUGAGUAAACAAACUGUCUCUUUCCGUGUCAAAUCCUCACACUUUUGGGCAGAUCACAGAAACGUAUGGAUCUUUUUCAGAAAGAAACUAAACUAAGAAAGAUAUGAGCUAACGGAUUCCAAACUUUUUGCAUUCGCACCUGCAUCAUAGCAGACAUUUAGGCUAAAGACAUGGUGUAAUUGACACCAGUCGAAUUUGAAAGUCGGGGGUACGGACACUUGGAUGACACAACAGAAAAGUGUUCUGUGGACUCAAACAGUUCACCCACCCCUCCAUCGGCAUAGUGGUGAGUAGACAGAGUGAAUUUUCAUCUUUGAGUGAACUAUUCCUUUAAGUCAUAUCUCCCUUUAAAAUAGGUCAUAGGUUUGGUUCUCACAUCGUUUCAUGGCUCUUCUCCAGCUCCAUAUUUAUCUUAACAUGUCCACAAUAUAAAUACUAGCAAUAUUAUGAGUAAUUCUAACAAUUAAAGUUGAAUUGUAAAAAAAAUGUAUAAAGUCAUCAAGACCUCCUGAAAGUUUGAGUUUUGAGUCGUUGCAGAGAUAUCGUUACUUUUCUGAAGUUACAUCCCUUUACUAACUCCUCACAAUGUGUUGAACAGCAGUUAGUGAUCCGUGCAUGCUCAGGCACAUGUGUGAUGAAGCAGCCCCAAAGUGUGAGGAUUUGACACAGAAUGACUUGAGAGGGAAUCUUGUUUUAUUUUGUUUCUUGAGGGAUCCUUUACCAGUUCAUUUUUGUUCCUUGACCAAAUUUGUAAUCCAUGCAUUUAGAGCACGGGAUUCCUGAUUUUGAGUUCUGUUUGAUUUUAGGAGAACGUGUGUGUGAUCCAGAUUGAUAGGCGUGACAAACAAUUGUUGAUAUUGUAUGAGGUUGCUGCCAACUUUUCCAAACUUGCGACGCACAAUAAACACCGAAUGUUUGGAUGAUGCUUGGUUUUUAUUGAGGCAGCCUUAUGACAAUCUGGAACCUUUUCCUUUUAUGCAUCAAAGCUUAAGUUUGUGACCAAAGUAAUGUAUUGUUCUGUAUGAAGAGGAAACUGAAUUCAUUUUUAAAGAUGCACUGUCUAACCUUUUAUUUAUGUUACCCAUGCACAAUAUUCAUAUUUAAUUCCUUUAAAUUUGAAGAAAAGUGUUGUCCUUUUUGUUUUCCACUCAUUAUUUAUGAUUUACUGAAAUGGAUACACUGUACCAGAAUACAUUUAUUGUGUUUGUCAAUUAUUUAAUAGCAUUUUUAAUAAAAAAUGCAUUGGAAACAGUU